CUGGAGUUCUCCGCUCAGCCUUUAUCUGGACCUGCAUGUCCUCAAAAUUCUUGAUGUGAAUGAAAAGGAAGAAACAGUCAAACUUCACAUUCGUCUAAGUCAGAGAUGGAGGGAUGAGUUUGUGUCAUGGGAUCCCUCAUGGUAUGGAGGUCUGUCAAACUUUACUGUGCCAGCCUCCAGAAUCUGGACCCCUGAUAUCACCAUUAGAGAGGCUAUUGCAAUUCACCGGCAGUACUCAGACGGCUACGCAUGUAUAGAGUGGACGGGUUGGGUUAACAAGGUGGAGGAUAUAAUACUGACUCUGCACUGUGAUCUGGCCAUGCUCCUGUUUCCAUUUGACCAGCAAAAGUGCAACAUUACCCUUUACCCUCAGCUGCACACAGAGCAGGAUGUGUUAUUGUAUGUGGACACCAGGAGGCGCUCUGAGUUUGACAGGAAAGGUCAUGGUGAAUGGGACUUAAUGGAGGUUAAAGUUUAUACUUACAGUCAGAAACAGUACUCACAUCUCAGCUUUCAGGUGGAGUUGGGCCGGUACAGUCUGUUCUAUGUGUUGAAUCUGAUGGUACCCAGUGCGAUGGUGAUGCUCAUUGAUGUUGCAGCCUUUGCAGUGCCGGUGAACUGCGCUGAGCGAAUCCCGUUCAAGGUCACUCUGCUUUUCGGCUACACCGUAUUCCUAGUCCUCAUCACCGACAUACUGCCACCAUUCAGAGACACCACACCUGUGCUGGGUGUUUACCUGGUGGUGUGCCUCAUACUGCUGUGUGUUAGCAUGGGGGAAAGUGUGUUGCUUCUGACGCUUGGACAACCAGAUUCACAUACACACACCACUCCACUGGAGAAGAUCAUACAGAGAGUGUCUCCACAGCUCCUGAAGACAGAUGGCCCUACUGAGCACCUCCGUGCAUACAGGCGGCAUGUCAGUAGAGGUCUGAGGAGGUCAUUUGCUCUGAGGCAUGGCAGGGUGGGGCCAGGGCUGUGUGGGCGGGGCUGUGUGAUUGACAGGUUGAAGGAGGAGUUAGAAGAUGUUAGUGAGGAGUUGAGGAAGCUGAACUGGGUGAACGCUCAGCGCAGCUCCAGACUCCACCUGAUGGAGGCUCUGGACCGGUUCUGCUUCAAGCUCUACAUCUCCACUCUGGCUGUGUUUGCACUCUCUCUGACACUACUGUGGACUCUGAACAGAUGAUUGAAGAAGACCUGACCACAUACGUUGGGCCUGCAUGGCUGGCUGGGAUUCAAAGGUCUAAAACAGACUGUUAUUAAAAGGGACUGACCCUGGAACGCCAUGUUCCAUAUAGAAGUUAGACCAAGAUUUCUGUCUUUUGACAUAAAGGCAAUCCAACAUUACCACUAAUGACUUUAAUCAAUGGAGAAGUUUCUUUGAUAUCUAGCAUGGGCCCCUCUGUGAUCCCGGAUGAGCCCCUAUGCUCGCCUUUGUAUUGUUCUUGUGUAGUCUAGCCUGUCAUAGUCAGGAUUUCAGGACUUUCUGUUGUAGUUGUUAUUAGUGCAAGCAUCCUAUGGGGAACAAUACAUUUAUUUACUUUUUAUUUUUAUUUUCUUUGCCUUCAUACCAUGCAGGUUUCCUUCCUAGUCAUUCCUAGCCACAAUCCUCCAUCAUUCCUGCAGUUUUAAGAUUGAUUUUCUUUACGUGUCUUUAAUGUAUAUUUAUGGCAAAUUUAUUAUGUAAAUUUACAGCAAAGUUGCUUCCCAAAACUUUCAAAUAAUUCUAUUGUUGUUUUCCCACCAGCUUACUAUAGUAUAAUUCAGAAUCCAGUCAGAAGUAGCAAGUAAACUUUUAGUGAUUAUUUUGGGGGGAGGUUUUUUAUUGGCUAUUGGUUUUUGUUGGUUUAAUUUUAUCGCCUUAAUUUAUGCAAAAGGAAUCAACGACUCUUCUGGAUUUCACAUAAAUAUGAAUAGUAAACACAUUAACAGGAUUGCAUGCAUGAUAUAUGAUUUGACAAAUGACUGGUUAUUAAGGUAGAUGUGUGAACUGCACUCUAAAGCAAGUAAAGCAACUAUCAUAAUAAAUGAUUUCCAGCCGA